AUGGCGGCGCCCGUCCUGCCUCUGCAGCAGGUCAAGCUCGCCUCGCUGCCCUCAACCCGUCUGACUCCAGAGCAACAAUACUGGCGCACCUUCAAGAACCCGCUGCUGAUUCCGUCUCCGGCCAAUGGGCCUGUCAACCUCAUCACACAGCCUUCGGCCCCUUCCUCUCCCGCGGCUUUCCCCUCACUUACACAACCGCCUGAUGUAUUCACGGUGACCACGGGCGCCCGAGUUCAAAUUUACUCGAUUCGCACACGGAAGCUUCUUCGGACCAUCACACGAUUCGACGACACCGUCCGUGGCACGGAUGUGCGGCCAGAUGGCCGUGUAGUGGUGACGGGUGACGACACGGGCGCAGUGCAGGUAUUUGAUGUCAACUCGCGCGCAAUCCUGAAGACCUGGAGGGACCACAAGCAGCCGGUUUGGGUGAGCAAAUUCUCGCCAAGCGACCCGACAUCGGUUUUCACCGCCAGUGACGACCGGACCGUGCGGCUGUGGGACUUGCCCGCUGAGAGCAGCACGCGCACUUUUGUCGGCCAUGGCGAUUAUGUGCGUAGCGGUUCUUUCAUGCCGGGCUCGAUGGCGUCAUCGGGGCUGGUGGUCUCUGGCUCUUACGACCGCACAGUACGUCUUUGGGACCCCCGUGUCGAAAGCCGCGCUGCGAUGACCUUCAAGAUGGCAGCUCCGAUUGAGAGCGUUUUGCCCAUGCCCGCGGGGACGACCGUGCUGGCCUCGGCCGAUAACAAGAUCGCGGUGCUGGAUAUUGUCGCGGGCAAGCCGCUCCAUAUGAUCCAGAGCCAUCAGAAGACCGUCACUUCACUUGCGCUGGCCUCGGACGGCGAGCGCUUGCUGAGUGGUGCACUGGACGGCCACAUGAAGGUCUUCGAGACCACGGGAUGGAACACGGUCUCGGGAUCCAAAUACCCAUCACCGAUUCUGUCGCUGCGUGCGAUCACGUCGGGAAUGGCACAUGAAGACAAACACAUCGCCGUGGGUAUGCAGUCGGGCCUCCUAUCCAUCAAGACCCGACUGUCUGGCCAGCAGAAGGUCAAGGAACGCGAGCGCAAGAAAGAAAUGCAGGCGCUUUUGGAGGGCAAACUGGAGGAACACGACCGGAACGUCGCCAAGAAGCAAAAGCUGCGCGGCUCCGGAUGGGAAAAGCGGCUGCGCGGCCGAGACUUCAUUGGCGAAGGGGUCGACAUCGUGAUUGAAGGCCGCGAUCAGAAGCGACGAAAGAAAGAACAGCCCUGGGAGAACGAUCUUCGUAAGGCGCGGUACUCGGCUGCGCUGGACCAGGUCCUAGCGUCGACCGACAAGACCGCCCAACUCACACUCCUCACGGCUCUCCGCCACCGCUUCGCCCUGCGCGCGUCGCUUAAGGAUCGCGACGAGGUUACACUCGAACCUGUUCUGCAGUGGGUCCACAAGAAUAUCCGCGAGCCGCGUCUGGUCGAUUUGAGUGUCGAGGUGGCCAUGAACCUGCUCGAUCUCUACUCUGGGAACCUGGGCCAGUCCGCCCAGAUCGACAAAUUGGUCGAGCGUCUGCACCGCCGGGUGCGCGACGAGGUGGAAAUGUCCCAGCAGGCAUUCCAGACCAAGGGCAUGCUGGAUAUGUUGAAAGCGACCUGA